AUGUUCCCCAUAGCUUUGUUGUUGAAUGGUGUGGCAGCCUGGGUGUCUCUGCAUCUCAAGUCCACCUCCACCUUUGUGGUGUACCUAAAAAAUCUAGUAGCUGCUGACAUUAUUAUGACCUUGAUCAUCCCAGUCAGUGCUGCAAGUGACUUGCCAGCUAUGUCAAACAUAUUAUUUGUACUUUCAUGCCGUUAUUUCAGUGGCAUUUUCUACAGUACACUGUACUCAUGUAUCACUUUGCUGGGCUUAAUAAGUCUGGACCGUUUCUUCAAGAUCAUGACACCACACAGCAAGUGGUUUGGUCAAAAUCUGACCUUUAGCAAACUGAUAUCAGGCUCAGUCUGGGUAAUAAUGUUUGGAGGCUCAGCUUUACCAAAUAUCAUUUUAAGUAACAAAUCAGUAGCCAAUAUGACAGAGAUCAGCACUUGUAUGAAGCUGAAAGGACCAGCUGGACUUGAACUCCAUCAUAGGACAGUGAUUUACCUGAAUGUUCUCUUCUGGCUCGUCAGUGUGGUCAUUGCGGUUUGCUACAUUUGCAUCACAAACAAGGUCAUCCAGUCUUUUAGAUCCUCUGGCAGCAUUAACAACCAGGGAAAGCAGAAGAUCAAAUUACGUGUCUUUCUGGUUGUCGUCGUGUUUUUUGUGUCAUUUGGACCAUACCACAUCGUGAGGAUCCCGUACACUUUUCAACAAGUCAACCGUGCUUCCUAUACCGACUGCUCUUACUUAAGGGGCCGGUUUGCCAAGGAACUCAGCCUCUGGUUUGCCACCACAAACAUCUGCAUGAAUCCCCUUCUCUACAUUUUUCUGUGUAGGGAGUUCAAGGAGAAGCUGAAGUCUAUGAUGAAAAAUGUGUCCAUUGCAUCCCAAGUAGCCUCAGCAGGGAAAGCAGAGGGCACUUCACCAGAGUAG